GCGGGAUUUGCUAGUUUUUACUACUCGGACUAAUGUUACUGUCUCCAGUUUGAUGCUAGCGCAAUGGACUCAACAUUUAAAACUGUUUCACACUUUUCUGGACUCUAAAGUGGUCAGUCAUGUCGGUUCCCAUGGAAACGCAGCUUCAAAGUAUAUUCGAGGAUGUGGUGAAGACAGAGGUCAUCGAGGAGGCGUUUGCAGGGAUGUUCAUGGACACGCCGGAAGAUGAGCGGACCAAACUGAUCAGCUGUUUAGGAGCUUUCCGGCAGUACUGGGGCUCGCUCCCUCAGGACUCCCAUGAGCAGUGUGUGCAGUGGAUCGUACGCUUCAUACACAGCCAGCACAGCCCCAAGCGCAUCUCCUUCCUCUAUGACUGUUUAGCCAUGGCUGUGGAGACCAGCCUGCUGCCUCCCAAGUACACACACACACACACACACACACACACACACAGAUAGAUCUUUAGAUCUUUCUUACAGCAAUGUUACGUUUAUAUUAUGAUAGUUCCGUGAAGACAGUAGCACAGGUUAGUGUUAAUGUUCUCGUUCUGACUCAUUAGUGUUUCCAUAGCAACAGGUCAUUCACAGGGACGUGACCGGCGAAGAUGUUUCACAUUUAUGGAAGAAGUCUUCACUGUCUGUCAGUAGGGCACUCUAAAUCCUUUAGUGUAGCACACAGUAGGGUAGGAGAAAAACAUACAUUCAUUUAAGUGCGUUGAAACUAAAUAAAUCAGAGCGUGAACUGAGAUCAUUCCAUCUUCCAGUAUUCCAGGGUAGUGCUGUUUUAAAUUUUCUCACUAAAUUCUCUCACUACAACUAGAAGGUUCUCAAUCAAAUGUGACUUUUUUUUUCUAACAUUAACGUUUGUAAGAUACCUGAAAUUAAUUCGUAGGAUUUAGAGCAGAUGUGUCUAAUAAAUACUCCAUCAUGGUCCAACCUGCGUUAAAUAUUAAAGAAGCACUCCCAUAGCGUUCCCAUAGUGUCAGCCAUGGCGCAGUGUCAGUCAGGUUUCUUGAAAGGUUGAUCUAUUCAUGAUAAUAGACUUGACUUGAGCUUGACCUACUGGACUACUAUUACUUAAUUCAAGAUGAAGUGUUGGAACUUAUGUUUCAUACUCUUGGACUGUUUGGUUUUGGAGAAAACUGAAGUUACUUAACUAAGGUUAAGUUACUUUAUGAAGACACUAAUAGUCUAACAGUAACAGUCUUGUUACUACAGGAUUCAUCGCAAAAAUUCUCAAUUAAUAAAGGAAUAAAUCAAUGUUGUCUAUCUCACCCCUGCUCUUUAUUAUUAUAAAAACAAAGAAAAAAACACAUUACAUUAGAAAAGGAAUUAUAGUCAUGAAUUAUGAAAUCUGAAAAGCCAUUAAAGGAACUAUUAAAAAUUAAAAACCUUUUAGUUUCAUAUACCAAAUUCAAUCUUUAUGAAACUAGGAGGUAUCAGCUUUCUCCUUAGAUGUGACUAUGACCUUAAAACUAAA